GAAAUGAAACAAUCUUUAAUCUCUACUUGCCGCACGUCCAAGGCAGUAUCCGAUACUGCUGCUUCUCCUCUUGCCGCCUGGUACGCUAUCCCCACAUGGUCGUGUAUGAAGUUCUGUCCCCUUUUUGCCAUAUAGAUUUCAACCAACAACAAACACACCUUUCUGAAAGCCAAGAGUCUAAGCAUGCGUCUUUUCUGGACCUUGCUCACAACCCUUCAUUCACUAGCUGGGCCUGUAGUGAUGUUGCUAUAUCCAUUAUAUUCAUCGAUUAUGGAAAUAGAGAGUCCAAACAGGGAAGACGAUGAACAAUGGCUUGCUUAUUGGAUCCUAUAUUCAUUGCUGACUAUAACAGAGAUGGUGUUUGAGUGGAUACCUAUUUGGUACAGGGUGAAGCUAGUGUUCAUGGCAUGGCUGGUUUUACAACAGUUCAGGGGAGCCUCUUUCAUAUACGAAAGGAUCUCGAGGGAACAGAUGAUUAAAUAUGGGAUUCUGAGACGCCAUUCUCCUGAUGGAAAGGGCUAA